AUUCAUGUUUAUUUUAAUCGAAACGUCUCUAAGUGGAAUAUUCAAAAUAAGUAUUUAUCUUAAAUCUUUUGGGGCCAACGCCGACACUGAAGAAGGACCAAAGUACAAACGAGCAAAGGAGUUGCUUGCAAGAUAUAGGGAGGUGAAUUUCGUAUUUAAGUUAAAAGUAUGGAAUUUGGUGGCGUGUGCGGAAUCUCGAGGGUCUCGUAUCUUUCAAGUCUCAAGGGCGAGCUACGAAGUUAGUGCUGGGGCGGUUGUCUUACGUUCAAGGCUAAAGGUCGACCUGGGCUCUCAACCGGAUCGGACUAUUGCUCGAAAUUGGGAAAGGGAAUAUAGAAAGAUGGCUAGUGAAGCUUCGACUUCGAUUAACUUUUACGGAGAUAUACAGAACAAUGGGGUCAUAGCAUCAGAAGCUACUGAAAAUAGGAGUGUGACGAAUACAACACAUCCAGAAAAGAAAAGACCGGCCGAGGAAGCCUCUCAGUUUCGAAAUCAUAGUACUGUAACAGUGGAAAUCCAAAAACGUAUUGCUGAUGAUUUCAUCCCUAAAUUUGAUCAGAAGAUGUGUGUACAACAGAAACAACAGCGAGAGAUAAUAGCGGAAGAAGUGCAGGCAUCAGAGAUGUUAAUUAUUCGAGAUGAUCAUAGUAUAUCCCUAAUAAUCGAUCCAGGGAGUAAUAAUGAAAUGGUUUCUAAGGAAGAUAAUAUGGCGGAAAUGGACGCAGUUAUAGAGUCUAAUGAAGACAUAGACGACCAGGAGUUUUCUGAGGAAAGAAAAUACAAGUUAAGUAAACAUCAUAAAUGGUAUAAUGAUAUAUUCGAAUUAGUAAACCAGAGAAGUCAUUAUG